UUCCACUAAGACUCGGAGACUAGAAGACAAUCUGAAUGACUUAAAGGUCAAACUAUCUGGAGCUUUAAUGGACAAAGACCGUCUUGUCCAGGAGAAAGCAGAGCUUCAUCAGAGGAUUCAGACUCUGGAUCUGCAGUUGCAGAGGGAACAGAGGAGCAAACAGGGCUUCAAUGAGCAGGUGUGUGAGCUCCAUUCUGAGAUUUCUCAAGCUAAGAGCCAGGCCAACAAACAGAAGAUGGAAACCAUGCUAAUGAAGGAGGAGCUGCUUUCCAUUAAAGAGUUGAACGAAAAGCUGUCGUCUGAUCUGACCAAGGCUAAACAGAGGCUACAGGUGACCCUUAACCAGCUACACGAGCUGGAGGCACAGAAACUGAUCCAAACCAAUCAGAUUGCAGCACUGGAGACUGAGCGCUUGCAGCUAAUUGGAGAGAAAGAGGAACUGAGGAAAACGUUUGAUGAUGGACUUCACGAGAAGAUUAGAGAACUGGGAGAUAAAUGCUGCCAACACAGGGAACCGCAGGGCAAUUUUGAGCAAGAAAAUCAGACUCUGCAAAUAAAAUGUCAAGACCUGGAAAAAAAAGUCCAAAUCUUGGAGGCGGAGUAUAAGCAAAAAGAGGAGGGGCAUCAGUGUAUGAGGGUGGAGUUUGAGCGGGAGAAGGAGGAGUUAAGGAAAGUGGCUGCUCACUGGAACGAGAGAUGGCUGGAUGUAGCGAUGACGUUAUGCUCGACACAGGCAGAACUUGAUGAGCUCAAGAGUCAACAGCAAGAGAAUGACAAAGUGUCUGUUGAAGACAUGGAUGGAGAGUUAGUGCAGGUGAAGGCAGAGCUGCUGAAGGUGAAGGACAUGCUGAAGAUCAGAGACACUGAGCUGGAGGAGCAGCUACAGGAGCUGCAGUCUUCUCACGCUCAGGUAUCACAACAGAAUAAUAAAGUCCAGAGGAUGGAGCAGCAACUGAAAGAGAGAGAUCAAGAAAUUAAAGAGAAAGAUCAAGAUCUGAAGAACCUGGAGAUACAGAGGAUAACAGAGAAAGCAGAGGCUCAGAUCAAGAUAUCUGCCCUGGAGCAAGAGAUUUUUGGACAUAAAGGGCUGCAGUCGAGAGAGGAGGUGGUCAGUGAAUGCAGUCCUGAGGACUUAGAGUCACUGAAGGCCCUGCUGGAAGAAAGCAAAAAGAGAGACCAAGCCUUACAACAACUGUAUGAUCUUGGACUUCCCCAUCAGGGUAAAGCAGAGAAACAAUCUCCACCAGAGAACAAAAAACAGAAACCUGCUGGUUCAGACCUUGUAGAUCCUAACCAACAGAGGAGGCUGGUCACUGAGCAGCUGAAAAGUCUGUUCAGAGAGAGAGAGCAGCAUGGAGAAAGGUCUCCAGUGUUCCCAAGAAGUCCUGGCUCGGUCGAUAGCAGGGUCCAAAAUGCUACAAGUAUUAAGGGAAGACAAACACAGAAACUGGAGCAAGAAUGCCAGCAGGGGGCAGCAAAUGGGUCUUCAUCCCAGAUCUCAGUCUCUCAGGGGGGAUCAAAGAGGUCUGAGAGAGGGGAGGAGCAGAAACGGACAACCAACCAGGAGCACCACAGCAAGUUAGCCCAGCUAAAGUAAUAUCUCCUCAACCAAACUUACAACAGGACAAAUUUCCCCUGGGCUGCAAGGAUGGAACAUUCUUUGCAAGGCAGGUUGAGGUUUAUGAAGAUACGGAAGGAUCCAUUUGAGGAGAAGGAAAGGGGAGCCAUUGCAAAGAUUCAUACUGCACUAACAACUUUGCUAAAUGCACCUUAAUUUCCAUACAGCAUAAUAGUUAAGCUAUUAAAAAUGAAACUAAUUUUCAUAAGCAUGUUGUUGUUUAGUAGUGCUUGAACCAACUGUGAGGUACAUUUAAAAUUUGGCACAAAACACCAACAUGAUAUCAAAUUAACAGAAGACUAUAUUUAUCCAUUUUUGCAAUCACUUUUUCAUAUAUAUUCAUUUUUAUUGUCUUGAAUGCCAGUUACAUCUGAAUACCGGCUGCAGGUUGUUUUCUAAAGACAAUGUUCAGAGAUAUUUGAUUUCACUGAUACAUACAUUUGCACUGAAUCUAUACAACAGUAACAUAAUAAAAAUAUAUAGUUCUAAAUAUGA